AUGCGCGAGCGCGGGAGCUGCCGGGAGCCGGCGCCGUCACGGCGGAGCUCCGCAGGAAGCGGCGGCUCCCGGGCCGCGCCCACCUCCGAGGGCAGCGGGCAGCCUCCGCGGGCACCGGCCGACAGCGGGGGCAGCGGCGGCCGCCCGGCCCCGCCGGAGGAGGGAGGUGCCGUGGGGGGCCGGCGGCGGCGGCGGCGGGGUAGCGCCGUGCCCGCUCGGCGGCGGAGCCGCGGCCGCGGCGGCGCCCGUCAAUUUCCAAGACUUUGGCAGGAGCCCGGGCAGGGGACGGGGGAACACGUGCUCCCGCUCCGCGCCGAGGGCAGGCUCUGGGCACGGGGAACAGGUGUCCGAGCCGUCACUCAUGAGCCGGGCGCUGGGGGGGCGCGGGGCGCGGGCGGGGAAGGCGGGGAGCGGUGCCGUGCUGGGGCCCGAGCGGCGCCGGCCGCGGAGCGCCGGUCCCGGGGAGCGGAGGAGCGGCGAGGGGCAGCCGGGGCGCGGGGCAGGGGCGGGCUGGCCGCGGCCCGCAGCGGCGAGCGAGCUGUCAAGAAGCUCGGGCGGGCGCGGGACCGGCGCUGCCGCUCGCCUCGGGGCCGGCGCCGUGAGCGCCCGGCCGUGCGGCGGCAACUUGUGCGGCAAACUUUGAGGGGUGGGCUGCGGCCGGGGCCGCUCCGAAUCACGGCGGGCUGGAUCGAUCGCCUCGAGCCCUGCUGCUCUUUCGGGUCGGAAAGUGAAUUUAGAGCUAAAAACGAGGCAAGAAACGAGGCCUUGAAAUCUCCGAAAGCUGAAAGAACUAUAUGCACUGACGCAGCCUCAGGAAAACCCGCGAUGGCUGCCAAGCGCAAAGGCGGCCUGAAGCUAAAUGCCAUCUGUGCCAAGCUGAGCCGCCAAGUCGUCUUCGACCACGGGGGAGCUGAGCAGGCACGUGCGGACAAGGGGCCACAGCAGGAGAGCAGCAACAAGGACCUGCCCCAGCCCGGCACCAAGGAGCUGGGGACAGAGUUUUCAGAUGGACUCAGCUGCGUGCAGAAGAUCGAGGAGGACAAAAGGAGGGAGGUGAUCGAGAAGUGGGUGAACGGGGAGUACAAUGAGGAGCCCUUGCUGGGGCGAGCGGAGGGCAAGGAAUGCAGGAGCACCGAGAGCACGGAGGUGCCCCCGGAAGGGGUUUACAUGGUGCAGCCCAAGGGCUGCAGCGACGAGGAAGAUAACGGGGACGAGGCGGACGCUCUGAGGGGCUCCCAGGACGGCAGCUUCUUGGAUGACAGGGAUUCAGAUGGGCCAGCAAAGGACGAUGCCUACCGGUCCUCCAGUGGCGAACCAGGCUCCAAGCUGGGGGCAGGAACCACCUCAGGGGAAGCUUCAUCACUGCGGGAUUACGCCGCCACCACCAUGAACGAGUUCCUGGGCAUGUUCGGCUACGACGACCAGAACAUGCGGGACGAGCUGGCGCGCAAGAUCAGCUUCGACAAGCUGAACGCUGCUACCUCAGAGGCCGCCGCCGCCGCCUCCCUCCCCGGCGAAGACGCCAUGAGCAAACGCGCCCGCUUCUCCAAGUACGAGGAGUACAUCCGCAAGCUGAAGGCCGGAGAGCAGCUCUCGUGGCCCAUGCACUUGGCCAAGUCUGAGGAGCUGGGCUCCAAGCUGGGCAAGGAGCCGUCCUCGGUGCUGGCACAGCCCAUCCGCGUGCCGGGCGCAGACGCCUCCAUGCUGACGGAGACCAAAGCCACCAUCCUGCCACUGCCCUCUGCCAGCAGCUCCCAGAUGCAGGGCCUGAUGUCGCGGGCCUCCAAAUACGACUUCUUCAUUCAGAAGCUGAAGACGGGCGAGAGCAUCAGGCCACAAAAUGGCAACACUUACAAGAAGGCCUCCAAGUAUGACCUAGAAAACGUCAAGUACUUGCACCUUUUCAAGCCUGGGGAAGGAAGCCCAGAUAUGGGAGGAGCCAUCGCCUUCAAGACAGGCAAGGUAGGCCGGCCUUCCAAGUACGACGUGAGGAACAUUCAGAAGCUCACUCCAGUCAAAGCUCCAGUCCCCAGCCUGGCCCCUGCUUCCCUCACCAGUACCCCCAGCAGCACUCCAGUGGCCGGGCCAGAGCAGUCCAUCUCAUUGCCAUUCAACACUCCUGAGUACCUGAAAUCAACUUUCUCCAAGACAGACUCCAUCACAACUGGAACAGUCUCUACAGUAAAGAAUGGAUUACCCACUGACAAACCAGCCGUCAGCGAAGACGUAAAUAUUUACCAGAAGUAUAUUGCCAGGUUCUCUGGCAGCCAGCACUGUGGACACAUACACUGCGCCUACCAGUACCGAGAGCAUUACCACUGCCUCGACCCCGAGUGCAACUACCAGAGGUUCACCAGUAAGCAGGACGUGAUUCGGCAUUACAACAUGCACAAGAAGCGGGAUAACUCCCUGCAGCACGGCUUCAUGCGCUUCAGCCCCCUGGACGACUGCAGCGUCUACUACCACGGCUGCCACCUCAACGGCAAGAGCACUCACUACCACUGCAUGCAGGUGGGUUGUAACAAGGUCUACACAAGCACCUCUGAUGUGAUGACCCACGAGAACUUCCACAAGAAGAACACGCAGCUCAUCAACGACGGCUUCCAGCGGUUCCGUGCCACGGAGGACUGCGGCACCGUGGAAUGCCAGUUCUACGGGCAGAAAACCACUCACUUCCACUGCAGGAGACCUGGGUGUACAUUCACCUUCAAGAACAAGUGUGACAUUGAGAAGCACAAGAGCUACCACAUCAAAGAUGAUGCCUACGCCAAGGACGGCUUCAAGAAGUUCUACAAGUACGAGGAAUGCAAGUAUGAGGGCUGCGUCUACAGCAAGGCCACCAACCACUUCCACUGCAUAAGGGCAGGCUGUGGUUUCACCUUCACCUCCACCAGCCAGAUGACUUCCCAUAAGCGCAAACACGAGCGCCGGCACAUCCGCAGCUCAGGAGUGCUGGGCCUGCCUGCCUCGCUCCUGGGCUCCAAGGACAACGAGCAAGAGGAGUCCAGCAACGAUGACCUCAUCGACUUCUCUGCCAUGAGCUCCAAGAACUCCAGCCUGAGUGCCUCCCCGACCAGUCAGCAGUCUUCCGUGUCUCUCAUCGUCCCAGCUGCGCCCUCCUCUGCGGCUGAGCUUGCUUCCUCACAGGCCGCCAAGUCUGCCAACAGCAUGACACCAGCCACAAAGAUCUCUGGCCUGCUUUCCCAGGCUCUUCCUAGCAAUAUUCCCUUGGCCCUGGCGCUCUCCAACUCGGCACUUCCUGGAACAGCUGGAUCCUUCUUCCCCAUCAUCCCCAGUCGGGUCUCUACACCACUUCCUGCCAGCUCGGCUAAUCUGAUGACUGCUGGUUCUUCUGGCACCAACCCAGCAUCAUCUGCUCCUACAGAUUCCUCAUCCCAGGCAGUUUCAGCAUCUGGUGAGCCAGUGGCUACUUCUUCGCCUGCUCCAGCAGCCUCUAUAAUGGAAAGGAUCUCUGCUAGUAAGGGAUUAAUCUCUCCCAUGAUGGCCAGGCUGGCAGCAGCUGCACUCAAGCCCUCUGUGGCACUUGAAGCAGGUAAUGGACAGCCAGCACCUCCCGGACGGUUCAAUCCAGUCCAGGUGAAGCAGGAGCCUGCGGAGGCCAUGGGACCCACACCUGCCACCAGUCAGGACCCCUUGCAGGAGCACAGCUUGGACCUGAGUGUCAAGGACCACGGUAAUGAAUCAAAUGGCCACACAGUCUCAGCAAAUUCAUCUCUUUUAUCCUCGCUUAUGAAUAAGAUGUCCAAGACCAGUGCCAGCCUUGGCAACCUGCUGAACAUUAAGACAGAAGGCGAAGGCAGCCAGGCUGGGGCUGGGGAGCCAAGCCAGUACCUGGGCAAGGCAGUGAAGGCUCUUGUCCAGGAGAAGCUCUCUGAGCCAUGGAAGAUGUACCUGCGCCGGUUUGGUACCAAGGAUUUCUGUGAUGCCCAGUGUGACUUCCUGCACAAGGUGCAUUUCCACUGCGUGGUGGAGGAAUGUGGAGCCCUCUUCAGCACCCUGGAUGGAGCCAUCAAGCACGCCAAUUUUCACUUCCGAACUGAAGGUGGAACUGUGAAAAGCAACUCUGAGUCUCCCUUCUCAACUGCUACAGAGAAUAAAGCUUCACUGGCCCCUUCAUCACCAUCUGCUGCUUCUGCCACCAUGGCCAGUGCUCCUGCCCUUGAGGUGCCCCCUCCCAAUCCAGCUGCUAUGCCCUCUGCUCCCACACUACUUGCUUGGAAACAGCUGGCUUCAACCAUACCCCAGAUGCCUCAGAUCCCAGCAUCAGUGCCUAACCUGGCAGCUUCACCCUUGGCAACGACUUCCCUGGAGAAUGCCAAGCCUCAGGUCAAACCUGGAUUUCUUCAGUUCCAGGAGAAUGAUCCCUGCUUGGCAACAGACUGCAAGUACGCCAACAAAUUCCACUUCCACUGUCUCUUUGGGAACUGCAAGUAUGUGUGCAAAACCUCUGGCAAAGCAGAAUCCCACUGCCUGGACCACAUCAACCCCAACAAUAACCUGGUGAAUGUGCGAGACCAGUUUGCUUACUACUCCCUGCAGUGUCUCUGUCCAAACCAGCACUGUGAGUUCCGCAUGCGAGGCCAUUACCACUGCCUGCGCCCCGGCUGCUUCUUCGUCACCAACAUCACCACCAAGCUGCCCUGGCACGUGAAAAAGCACGAGAAGGCAGAGAGGAGGGCAGCCAACGGCUUCAAGUAUUUCACCAAGCGGGAAGAAUGUGGCAGACUAGGCUGCAAAUACAACCAGGUGAACAGCCACUUCCACUGCAUCCGAGAGGGCUGCCAGUUCUCCUUCCUGCUCAAGCACCAAAUGACAUCCCAUGCCAGGAAGCACAUGAGGAGGAUGCUGGGGAAGAACUUUGAUCGUGUUCCUACUCAGGUUAUUGGCCACACUCCAAGAAAUGAAAAUCUCCCCCAGGUUGGCAGCAUGGCACCCAGCCCAGCCUCAUCAGGAACCCCAGCUUCCUUUCAGGGACCCCCCAGCAUGAUGGACACUGAAACAGAAGAGUACAUGGAUUACACUGGCUGCAGCCCUGGGGGCAUCUCCUCUGAGUCGUCCAACAUGGACCGCAGCUGCUCCAGCACCCCCGUGGGCAAUGAGAGCACUUCAGCAGGCUGCCUGGCUCCUUCUACCGCUCCUGCCGCUGCCGAUGAUGCCACCCACACUGCAGCACAGCCUCCACCACCAUCUCUGCCUCCAUCUUUCUCACAAGCCCUGCUUAGGUCUCCCCUGCCCACCCUGCCCUACCUGUUCUCCCCCUCGUGUCUCUCGUACUCCCUGCUCAGUGCCACGCUGGGAGCCAGCAGAGGCAUUGUCAUGCCUGCCGCCAGCACCGCUGGGUUCUCGCCCAUCGUUGCCACUCCAACUCCAGUAAAAAGUGACGUUCCCUUAGUGCAGGAUGCAGCAGGGAACACCAUCACUAUGCCAACUGCCUCGGGGGCCAAGAAGCGUUUCUGGAUUAUUGAGGACAUGUCCCCGUUUGGCAAGCGCCGCAAGACCGCGUCCUCACGCAAGAUGCUGGACGAAGGGAUGAUGCUGGAGGGCUUCCGGCGCUAUGACCUCUACGAGGACUGCAAGGACUCGAGCUGCCAGUUCUCUCUCAAGGUUACCCACUACCACUGCACACGGGAGAACUGUGGCUACAAGUUCUGCGGCCGUACCCACAUGUACAAGCACGCCCAGCACCACGACCGUGUUGACAACCUAGUAUUGGAUGAUUUCAAACGCUUCAAGUCUUCACUGAGCUGUAACUUCCCAGACUGUCAGUUCUCUGGCAAUAGCACACACUUCCACUGUCUGCGCUGCGGCUUCCGCUGCACCGACAGCACCAAGGUGACGGCGCACCGCAAGCACCACGGCAAGCAGGACGUGAUCAGCGCCGCCGGCUUCUGCCAGUUCAGCUCCAGCGUGGACUGCGAGGUGCCUGACUGCAAGUACAAACUCAAAUGCUCCCACUUCCACUGCACCUACCCCGGCUGCAAGCACACGGUGGUGGGCAUGUCUCAGAUGGACUCUCACAAGCGCAAACACGAGAAGCAGGAGCGAGGGGAGCUGCCUGCCAUCUCUCCCGGCCCCGAGGGCCUCGCCCACUCCACUCUCGAGUACGAUAUCCAGAACUCUUCCAUCAACCUGGACAGUUCGCUCAACCUCAGCACCGACAACAACAGCUCGCUGUUCUUCCUGCAGAACGCGGCCGGCGUGGGCCUCAACGACUCGCUGGACCUCAGCAAGAAGCAGGCAGAGCCCGCCGAGGGCCCGUCCCCCAGCAGGGCCGCGGCCCCCGAGAGGAGCGCAGCGGCUCCGGGCGCCGGGGACGGGGAGGACGAGGACGACUCCUCCCAAGAGGAUGAGGAGGACGAUGAGGAGGAGAUGAAUGAAGAGGAGGAGGAUGAUGAAGAGGAGGAUGACGACGAUGACGAUGAGGAGGAUGAGGAGGAGGAAGACCUGAACACGGAUUCUGAAGAAUCGCUGCCGGACCCUGAGGGCCUGGCCGCUAAAGAAGACGGAGAGCCAGAGGAGGGUGCUUCUUCCACAGACCAUGGCGAUGCUUCCAGGCCUCAGGGCGAGCCAGCCCUCACUCCAGCCCCAGCUCCUGCCCCUGCUCCAGCCCCGGCUGCUGCCUCAGCCUCCACCGUUGCUCCAGCGGCUUCUCCCUAAUCCUAGAGACAGCAGCGGCAGUGGUUUGGUUUUUCCCUUACACAGAUUUACUGAGAGGACCCCGUAUAAGGCAAGAACAAAGAUGGGGAUGGCAAAUGAAAAACGAAC